AUGGGGCGGUGGGCGUGGACUGUGGGCUGGAACGGGCGUUGGUAUAAAGGAUUGCCCCAUGAAUGCGAUGAGGGUAUUCCUGCCACCUUGACGAGCAUAGCACACUCUUCUCCCCGUCUUCAAGAAAAGAAAAUGUAUCCCUCCGCCUUCGCCAUCGUCUUGGUCGCCCUCUUCUCCCUCUCCCACGCUCGUCCUCAAGAAAAUGCUCCUGUUCCUCGGGCGUUACUCGAACUGCGCAAGCCCCUCACCCACCUCGACAUGGAGACGCUGAGGGCGAACAUGAACACCCGCUCCAAGGUCGAGUUCUACGUCAAGUGCGUCACUGUUGGAGAACCUUGCGACAGGGUUGGCUUCGCGCUCAGAAACCUCUUCGCCGCCGAGUCCACCGCCACGAGCUGCCGCGGUUGCACAGAGAGCGAGCUGGAGCGAGUGAGGUUCGUGAUGAACGCCCUGGAGCGAGACCACAAGGACCUGGCCUGCGUGCUGCAGAAGUCGAGGAAGAUCCCGCUGUUCGCACAAAAUCCCUGUCUUUGAAAAGAUCCCAACACGAAGUCGCCAGAAACCUUCACACGAGAACGAAAGAAAAAAAAAAGUGAAAGACGAUUUAAGAAUUCAAGAAUGAAGAUGUGGUUUCCUGUGUUUGUAUAGUUGAUGUAGUAAAUGUUUAUGUCGAGA